CCAAAUAGCAUAGGCGAACUUUGUAUGGGGUAGCCGCGGUGAUUUCCCUGUGGAUAAUCUGCUGUUAUCAGCAUCAUCUUGGUAAAUAUUACGAUCUUCUUGUUGGCGGGUGACACACAUAACCCUCAUCUUAUCGUGUUGCUCACAUCACAUACAUCUCCCACCAAGAGAUGAUGCACCGUCGUCUCGAGGAUCAGCGGAGAGUCAAUUCUAACGAAUCGUUUCCAAGAGUUGUUGCCCCUAGAGGGCCCCGGUACGGCGAGGUUGCUGAGAGUCUGAACAGCGCCAUGCAGUUCCCAAUACCGGGAUUUACAACAACGGUGAAUCCGAAUGUCUCUGGAGGCCACCACACCCAGUCUGUGCAUCAUGCGUUGCCAGGGAUACAGUCAGCCCCCGCCCCAGCUCCACAACCACACCCACAACCCGCUCUCGCCUCCGCCCCUCAGCCCAGUGCACAGGUUGUGUCUGAUAUCUUCACACACUCCGCGGCAGUUCAAGGUCAGCAGCAGCAGUUCCAGCGCCUCAAGGUGGAGGAUGCGCUGUCGUACCUGGACCAGGUCAAACUACAGUUUGGCAACCAGCCCCAGGUGUACAACGACUUCCUGGACAUCAUGAAGGAGUUUAAGUCUCAAACAAUUGACACACCUGGGGUCAUCAAUCGAGUGUCCAACUUGUUUAAAGGUCAUCCUGACCUAAUUGUCGGCUUCAACACGUUCCUGCCUCCGGGCUACAAAAUCGAGGUCCAGUCUGAGACCAUUAAUGUCCAUCAGCCCGGCCAACAGGUGGUCUCCAUCUCCCAGGUGGUCUCGGCGACCACGCCCAAUCUCCAUCAACCUCCUCCACCCCUGUGAAAACCCCAACCUCACGUCCCCACUCCCCCGGCUAGUCACAACCCUCCCCCCUCACACCAUUCCUACCACCAGUCACCCCGGCAGAACCCGGAGCCUACACCAGCUGCCCCACCCCCUCCCCAACCUCCCCAUAACCCUCCAACACCCCAGCAGCAGCAGCAGCAACAGCAGCAAGCCAGUCAACCAGUGGAGUUCAACCACGCCAUCAACUACGUCAAUAAGAUCAAGAAUCGUUUCCAAGGACAACCCGAGAUCUACAAACAGUUCCUGGAGAUUCUUCACACUUACCAGAAGGAACAGAGGAAUCUGAAGGAAGUGGGAUCAUUUCAGGGUUUGGUUCCCCCCGGUUACAAGCCACUGACGGAGGCGGAGGUUUACUCCCAAGUGGCCAAGCUGUUCCAGAACCAGGAGGACCUUUUGGCAGAGUUCGGACAGUUCUUGCCUGAUGCCAACGGAUCAUCGUCCUAUCUGGCUGCCUAUGUCAGUUGUGGUGACAAUUUUUUUCAGAAUGAUUCAGCGUUCAGUAUCCGCAAUGACCAUGCUUCAGCCGUGAAGAAGCCAGGUUUCAAUAACAAGAACCAGUCGGGGAAGACGAGUCAGAUAAAGCGUCCUCAAUCAGGCUCCGUACCCCCAGCCAAGAAACCAAAGACCAGUCACUUAAAGGAUGUGUCACUAGCCGAGGCAGGGAAAUAUGGAAGCCUCAAUGAGUUUGCUUUCUUUGAUAAGGUGCGGAAGGCAUUACGGCAUCAAGAGGUUUAUGAUAAUUUCCUCCGAUGUCUCGUGCUCUUCAAUCAAGAGGUCAUAUCAAGGUCGGAGGUUGUCCAGCUGGUGCAGAAUUUCCUGGGCAAAUUCCCAGAGUUAUUUAAAUGGUUCAAGGACUUUCUCGGUUACAAGGAGUCCGGCGGGACCAUUGAGUGCAUUCCGCAGGCAGUGACGUCCAAGGAAAGAAUCAGUGGAGAACUUGCUAUGGAAAUUGACUUUGCAACGUGUAAAAGAUACGGAGCAAGUUAUCGAGCUUUACCCAAGAGCUACCCUCAACCUAAGUGUUCUGGUAGGACGGCGUUGUGUCGAGAGGUGUUGAAUGACACCUGGGUGUCAUUUCCGUCAUGGUCGGAAGACUCAACGUUUGUCACGUCACGAAAAACCCAAUACGAGGAACACAUCUACCGCUGUGAAGAUGAACGGUUUGAGCUGGACGUUGUGAUCGAGACCAACUUGAUGUGCAUACGAGUGCUGGAGGCGGUGCAGAAGAAGUUGACAAGGAUGUCACCAGAAGAUGCUGCCAAGUUCCGACUGGACAACACGCUAGGAGGGACGUCAGAAGUACUUCAUCGGAAGGCAAUACACCGGAUAUACGGAGAUAAAGCGCCAGAUAUUAUAGAUGGUCUGAAGAAAAACCCUGUGGUGGCUGUUCCGCUUGUUUUACGAAGAUUAAAAGCGAAAGAAGAAGAGUGGCGUGAAUCUCAGCGGGGCUUCAACAAGAUCUGGCGUGAACAGAAUGAAAAGUACUACCUCAAAUCACUGGACCACCAAGGAAUAAACUUCAAGCAGAACGACGUGAAAGCAAUACGUUCAAAAACACUGCUCAAUGAAAUUGAAACUAUAUACGAUGAGCGACAGGAGCAGUUAACCGAGGUGACAGGGGAAUCAACGGGAGCACAUCUGUCGUAUACAUAUAAAGAUAAAUCCAUGAUUGAUGAUGCUGCCAAUCUCGUUAUCCACCACAUGAAACGCCAAACAGGUAUUCACAAAGAGGACAAGCAGCAGAUUAAACAGCUAUUACUACACUUCAUUCCCGAUCUCUUCUUCAUGCCACGUGGUGAUCUCAGUGAUGAUGAGAUGGACCGAGAAGAUGACAUGGAAACGGACGAAGGGGACAGGAACGAUCAAGUCCACAGGUUUGACAUGAACUUCAACUCCAGCAGUGAUAAAGAUCGACCUGUUCCUGACAGGAAGGAAGAUCCCGUGGCCAUGAUGGAGAACAGUUCGAUGAACCAACCCAAGAAACCUGUGGUCAACGGAACUAUGGCAUACGAUGAAGCUGAUGGAUUAGAUGAUGACAUGUAUUCGCUGUUCUUCGUCAACAACAACUGGUAUCUGUUCCUGCGGCUGCAUCAGAUCCUCUGUGAAAGGCUGUCAUGGAUCUACACCAACACGCAGCGUAUCAUUGACGAGUCGAAGCAUUGUCAGCAAGAAAGGAAGGACUCGACCUCCACGGCACUCCGCCUCAAAACACCAUUCGAAGUGGAACCAGAAUACUACUAUCAGUACUUCCUGGAGAUGGUCAAGAACCUGCUGGACGGUAAUAUGGAACCCGGACAGUACGAGGACCAGCUUCGUGAGAUGUACGGCAUCCACGCCUACGUUGCAUUCACCAUGGACAAGCUUGUACAGAACAUUGUCAGACAGCUACAACACAUUGUGACAGACGAUUCCAUCCAGAAGGUCACAGAACAUUACAUGGAGGAGAAGCGGAACAAUGCUGUAGGUGGUCGCCUAGCAACACAGCACCAACGAGUAAUGGCGGAAACCAAUUAUCAGCGCAAAGCUGAGAUGUUUCUGUCUGAAGAAAACUGUUUUAAAGUUGUCAUCUACAAGAAGGAUUGUCGUCUGACCCUGGAGUUGCUGGACACAGAACAUGACCAGUCCGACGAGCCAGUGGAGGUGGAACGGUGGUCGGAGUAUGUUGAGAAGUAUGUGGCCCAGGAUGAAACCAUCUCCGACGAACUCAAGGAGCAGCUCACCAAGAAACCAGUAUUCCUGCCAAGAAACGUGCGUCACACCCGACAACACAACAAGAACCAGAAGCACAAAGGAGAGAAAGAACAGGAGGAGAAGGAGAAGGAACGAGAGAAGGACGAGGUAGUACGGACUGAGGCCCAGGCCUCCGAGGACAUGGACAUCCUUGACAGCACGGGCUGCAAGUUCAACGUCAACUCAUUCAAGAUGGUCUACGUCGUCAACAGCGAGAGUUACUUAUACAAAAGGAUGGCUCUACAGAGGGCAAGAGAGUCUCACAAACGGGUGUCUCUAAAACUACACGAAAAGUUCAUGAUCUGGGUAAACAAAUGGAGAAAGGAAAACGUCUCGCCCGAACUGGAAACAUUGUCGUCGCAGUGGAUGAUGGGUAAAGGGGAGGACAUGCGACCUUGCAAGACCACGUGUGCAAAGACUUACUACCCCGACCGGGCACCCUACUACCAGUAUCACCGCUACUCCGUCGACUAUUACCCCCAGGUGAAGCCCCCGCCCGAGUAACCUGUGUCAACCCCCGGAGGGAUGGUAGCUCUGCUCUGUCAGCAGAAACACUGACAAUCUGUUGGAGGAGUGGGGGUCUAUGUGAAAAAUUGAAUCAAUAAUGUGAGAGUUCUUAUGAGGUAGCGUGGUGCUUUGAUGGAAACGAUCAAGUCACUUUGUGCUGUAGACAACUAAACUUGCCUGCAUUUCAAGUCACAGAGGAGCUGUAGGCAACCAAGAUUGCCUGCAUUUCAAGUCACGGAGACCUGUAUGCAACCAAGACUGCCUGUGUUUCAAGUCGCUGAGUGCUGUAGGCAAUCAACAAAGUCGUUUUUAUGCU